UUUCGAACGAUUCGGUUAUCCGGCUGCAGGCAAAGGUGUUGGUGUUGUGAGGUGUUUUAUGGUGUCUUGUGUUGUUUCGAGUUGUUUUAAGAAGCUGUUUUGAGCCGAGAACUCCGCUGGCAGAGUCGAAUGCGAUUGCAAAUGCAAAGUGCAUGUGCAGCGGUCAGUAUUCGCUAUUUUUCGCUGCCAUAAGCCAGCUUGUUUGGCUCUUAUUUUGUUUUGGUUUUGAAUUUGAUUUUGAAUUUGGAUUUGAUUUUGAAUUUGAAUUUGGUUUUGAGUCUGCGCGACUUCGAGUUCUGUGCGCGCGUUGCAUUUUCAAUAAACGCGUUUGCUUUUGGCUCUUGGCUGCCAAUUCUGCGUGGGCGCCAAUUCGUGUGACUGUGUCUCGUGUGUGCAUUAGCUAAUGUGUUUGUAUUGCUAAUUAAAACGGCAGCAAAGGCAACCGCAAAGUGGCAGCAACAAGCAACAAGCAACCAGCAACCAGAACCAAAACCCCCGAUAAAAGCGAAACAAAGUGCAUUCGAUAAGUACGAUAAACGAAAUCCAUUCCCGAUCUAAACCCGAUCUGCGCAGCAAUUUGGAUCGACAGCAGGUGUUUUCCCCACCGCAUUUCCCAUGAUUCAGAGCACGAGGAGCGUUCGGCAUGACGUGAACUGCUCAGAUAUUCCAUGCGAGAACCGAAACCUUUGCAACUAGCCGCCCCAAUCGAUCGUCUCGCCCCGAUUCGAUCCGAUUGCCCCCGAAAAGCGUCCGCUCCGGGGACGUGAUCAGCCCCGAGAGGAGAAGCCCCCGAAAAAGUAGAACCAAAACCAAACCAAAAACCCAAAAAGCCACGAUGGACUCACGCAUCGGCCUGGACUACAUUGUCGAGAAUCGUGACUACAUUGCCAAGCUGGGCGCUGCCCUGGACACGCAGAAUGCCACUGUCAAGAAGCAGGUCUUCGAGCUGCUCUCGGCGCUGUGCGCCUACAGCCCCGACGGCUAUGCGCGUGCCAUCGAAACCCUAGAAUUUUACAAGAAUCUCAAGAAGCAGCGAUACCGCUUCAAGAUUGUCAUCAACGAACUGGAGCUGUCGAGUGCCGCCGCCCAACCGCCCCUGGACUACCAGGCCGCCCUGCUGGCCUUCAUCAACUGCGUCAUCAUUUCGGCGGCCACUUUACAGGAGCGGAUUCGCAUUCGCAACGAAUUUAUAGGUCUCAAAGUUUUGCCGCUGCUGAAUAACCUAAGAAAAGUCGCACAAAGUGUGGGCGAUAUCAUCGUACAAUUGGACGUAUUCGUGGAGCAGCAGGAAUGCGACGAGGCCCAGAGCCUUCAGGCGCCCGAUGGCAUCAAUCUCAACUCGCAUCUUGAUGUCUUCUACGCGAUUCUGCGACAGGUGGCUGACACGCCGCAGGAAGUGCCAUUCCUCAACAUUCUGCAGCACCUGCUGCGCAUCGAUCCCAAGGAGCCGCUCAGCGACAUCAUCUGGGACACCACAGAGCGCCUGGUCCACCGCGCCACGCUCCUCGAAAGUCACGAGGACUCGGUGCGACUGCUGCGCACGCCCAGUAGCCAGAAGUUCGCCUGCCAGAGUUGUCGCGGCAGCGAUGCCAGCAGCCCCACCCGCAAGCCCUCCCAGCCGGUGGGCGUGGCAGCCAAGUCGACGGCGACGCCGACGCCUCCGCCACCCCCGCCACCCAUGGCAGCCGCAGCACCACCGCCCCCGCCUCCGCCGAUAAAUGGCAGAGCACCGCCUCCCCCGCCGCCGCCCAUGAUCAACGGUGGCGCCCUGCCUCCUCCGCCGCCUCCGCCCUCGAUGCAAAUGGCUUCCCGCCCACGGACACCUGAUCCUUUGGCCGCGGAAACGGUGGCCACUGCCAUUUUGCUGCCACAACAGGACACACCCGCGCCCAAGGCCAAGAUGAAGACCAUCAACUGGGGCAAGAUUCCGCACAACAAGGUCCUUGGCAAGCAGAACAUCUGGAGCAUCGUGGCGAGUAAUCACCAGGACAGCCCCAUGCAGGACAUCGACUGGAACGAGAUGGAGGGUCUCUUCUGCCUGCAAACGGCCAGUGCCCAGGGAUCACCGAAGUUGGGAAGGGAUGGCAGCCAAUCUACGUCCGGCUCCAAUGGAUGCGAUACUUUAGAUCGAAAGUCAAAGAAGGAGAGCACGGAGAUCACGCUGCUGGACGGAAAGAGGAGUCUGAAUGUCAACAUAUUCCUCAAGCAGUUCCGCACCAGCAACGACGACAUCAUCCAGUUGAUAAGGCAGGGAGCCCACGAGGAGAUCGGAGCGGAGCGACUGAGGGGUCUGCUGAAGAUAAUGCCCGAGGUGGAUGAGCUGGACAUGCUGAAGGGCUUCAACGGGGACAAGGGACGACUGGGCAAUGCCGAGAAGUUCCUCCUACAGCUGCUGGAGGUCCCCAACUACAAAUUGCGCAUUGAGAGCAUGUUGCUCAAGGAGGAGUUCGCGGCGAAUGUGGCCUAUCUGGAGCCCUGUAUAAAUGCCAUGCUGUAUGCCGGCGACGAUCUGCUCAACAAUAAGACCCUUCAAGAGGUUCUCUACAUGGUCGUUGUGGCUGGAAACUUUCUUAAUUCCGGCGGCUAUGCGGGAAAUGCAGCGGGUGUAAAGCUAUCCUCACUGCAGAAACUCACAGAUAUUAGGGCCAAUAAGCCCGGGAUGAACCUCAUUCACUUUGUGGCGCUUCAGGCGGAAAAACGCAAUCCCGAGCUGCUGCAAUUCACAGGACAACUGAGCACCCUUGAAAGUGCCAGCAAAACCACUUCAGAGCAGAUCAACAAUGAAAUCAACACGCUGGACGGCAGGAUCAGGAGGAUAGCCAGGCAGAUCGAGCAACCGGCCACGGAUGUGGACAUCAAAGAGCAGAUGGCCGACUUCCUGCAGGCCGCCGAAUCCGAGUUGGCAGUCCUUCAAGCGGGCAUGAAACAAGUUGAAGCCAUGCGCCUCAAAAUGUCCGAGUUCUUCUGCGACGAUGCGGCCACCUUCCGCCUGGAGGAGUGCUUCAAGAUCUUCCAGAACUUCUGUGAUAAAUUCAAGCAGGCGGUCAAGGAGAACGAGCGCCGCCAGCAGCAGGAGCAGCAGGCUACUUUGAGGAGAAAACAGCGCGAAGAGCAGUUGGCGAGGAGAGCCAGGCAGAUUGGUCCAGCUGGAACCCCCGUGUCCGAUUCGGAGCACUCCUUCCUGGGCGAUGCUCUCUUCGAUCCCCGGGCCAGUCCCGCUCUGAGUCGCAGGCACUUGGGAUCCGGUGAGAUCAGCAAUGGUUUCAUCCGCCUGGAACAGGACGGCGCGUCUCCGGACAUCACGCCCAAUGGGAGUCUGCGGCGCCGGCGUAGUCGAGUGCUGGCCGAGGAGGAUGACCUCAUGGAGUUCCUGCGGAGCUCGACGGGUCCUCACGAUGGGCACAACAGCCGGGAGCGAAAGGCGGCCUACGGCAGUUUGGAUCGCUCGUGGGCCCGUCGCGCUCGUUCGGGAAGUUCCAGUCGCAAGCGUCCCGAUUUGCUCAACAUCGAUUUUGGCCUGGAUCGCGAGCGGGCCAGCUCCCCGGCUCCUCUUCUUCAGCAGCAACAGCAGCAGGCGCAGGAGCGCCUCCAAUCGCCAUUGGCCAGUGCAGCUGGCACGCCCACAACGGCGGCCAAUACGCCCACGGGCAGUGGACCGGCGAUUGCGCAGACGCAGCCCGUCAACGAGGAUGCGAAACCAAGAAUAUCCCGUGAGUGGCGCCAGAAGAUCGAGACCUGGUUGCAGUCCAACGAGAGCGACGAGAAGCAGAACGAGGAGUACCGGCGGAAGCGUCGUCUGGUCAACGCCAAUCGGCGAUCGCUCGAAAACGAAACUGAAAACGAACGAAAACUGGACCCUCUGCCGGAGGAGAAGAUCCUGCCCUCGACGACGACGGCUACGCCAACGAACACGCCCACGACCACUAAUCCCCAUAACUCACAUAACAGGCAGGAUCAGGAUGCCGGGAAGUACCAGCGCGUCUACGCCGACUGGAAGCCCUCUAAGACGCUGGAGCAGACGGACGUGGUGGCCAAUCUGCAGGCCAUUGCCGAUGCCCAGCCAUCCCAGGAUGCACUGCGUCAGUAUCGCCGCCAGCGGUCGCAGGAUCAGUCCAGUCCCAUAGCCCUCCAGUCGAUAGCCGAGGAAGAUCGCCGAAAGUCGCUGAUCCAGAAGCUGGGCGAGAUCAGGAGAUCCUCCAGCCGGGAUUUGCAGCCGGCGAAACCGGAGGAGCAAGCUCAGGUGUCGGACGACACCUUUGCCAGCCUGCUGAGCCACCACAAGAGCCAGAACGAGAUGCCGGCCUCCUCCAAGGACGUGGAUGCGGACAACAUAGAGACGCCUCCGGUGAGCCGUCGGGUGUUAGCCACGCCCACCACCACAGUGGUCACGGUGAGCAUGACGGACAAGCCGAAGGCGUCGCUGACGGAGGAGAAGAUCAUCUCGGCGGAACAGGAUGCCCCGGGUCACUUCGAUCGUCACUCCCUGGCCCGUCGCACGCGUCGCUACAAGAGACCCACGGACUACAGCAGCGGCAACGAGGAGCUCCUGACCACCAGCACACCGGAGGCGAAGGCCUCGCCCUCAAAGCAGGAGCAACCCGCGCCAGAGAAGUCCAAGCAGAAGGAGCGCACGAUCAACAAGCUGGAGAAGGUGGGUCGCCACAUCAGCUCCAUCAACCAGGAGGACGUGAGGGAGGCCAUUCGGAAUCUUAAAUCUCCAACAGGAACACCCGAGCGUCCAUGGAGUCCGCCAAGGGAGAUUACGCCCUCCAAGCUGAAGCUCUCGGCCAGCGGUCACCACGAGCUCAACGACGAGGGCUUCGAGGAGACCCAGAGCCUGGUCUCCGACACGCCCUCCCACGGGAAGGGCGAGAGCACCAACUCCUCCUGCAACGAGGGAGUCAGCGAAACGCCGGCCCGCCAGCGUCCGCUGCAGAAGCAGAAGCCCUCGAUCACCCAGCUGGGCAGUCGCCUGGCCGAUCGCCUGCAGCAGGCCAGGCUGAAGGGCUCCGGUUCCGGAUCCGCGGGAUCAGCUUCCGCCAGCAGCAAGUCACAAAACCAAAUCCCUGCCUCGCAAUCGGCGACGCAGGUCAAGAGGAGUCUCUCCGCCAGCCGACCGCUGCGCAUGCCCAAUGGUCAGCCGCUGGUCAGUGCGGCGCCAUUGAGAUCCGCAUCCGCCGUGAGACGCUCGCCGCAGGAGCAACAGGUCCUGGCCGGAGUGGAGCGGAGCAGUUCGCGGAACAGUCUGCGCUCCUCGCGAUCCUCCAUCAACAGUGGGGCCUCCACGCAGACGGUGGUGCGACGCCUGCCGGCCGUCCAGCGAACGGGAGCCACUGUAUCCGUGGAUUCCUCGCCCAGCAAGCGACCCCUGGCUGCCCAGAAUGUGCGACCCACGGCAGGACGCGGAGUGCCGGCCAGCAGGAGCAGCAGCAGUGGUUCCAGCGUGGGUCCCAGUGUGAUCCUGGUGCGCAGCAAGAUGAGCAGCACUGCUCCAAGGUCGAAUAUCAACGGAAGCACCAGUUUCAAGGAGAAUCAGUCGCAGUCACAGUCCCAACAGUCCCGCAUGAGUGCCGCUCGGAGCGUGGUGCUGGUGAAGAAUGCCCUCAACCAGCAGCAGCAGGCCAGGAUGAAUGCGACAACCUCGAGUCCGCAGCCAAGGAGCAGCAGCAGCAGCAGUCGAUCCGUCAGCAGUUUCAUGCGACCCACGGCCAGCAGUGCCACCAAGCGGCAGAAGUGAAGUCCAAGUUAACGUCCCUAGUUUACACAUGUUACAAACGCGAAUGCAUCCAACUCCAAGCCGUCCAAGCGACAAUUUCGAAUUUCCAAGCAGGAUCUGAAACACAAAGCAACACUCGUAAUUGUUACAGUUGAAAUAUUUUCAGAAGUUAUACAAAUCUAAAGAAUUCCCUGCACAUUCCAACUGAAGGUCCGCAGAUCCUUAAAAAGACAAAAACUUUCAAACUCUUAAAUUUAUUUGAGCACAAAAAAAAGAAGACAAAAAUACUAGCAUGUACUACUCAACUAAAACUUAGGAUAAGCAAAAAAAAAGAAGAAAUGUUAAACUCGUAUUUUCCAUAUUUAACAUUUAGUUGUAGGCAUUAUUCGAUUAUACGAUCACGUUAGGAGACUUUUUUAUAGAAGCGCGUUGUUUACAAAUUGUGUAGUUGAAGAAACCAAAACGACAAUUACAAAUCGUUAAAAUAAAAGAACAUAAGCUUUAAUCUUCAUAAUAAAUAAACUAGAUAACUACGAUCAGCU